UUGUACCGGGUUCUAAAUGAAUGAGAUGAGAAUACAUAAUGGUCAGCUUCCACUCAAUGUGCCUUUAAGGGACAUCACAAGUCCCCAUCCCCCCUGCAGACUACAUUUCCCAGCCUGCUUUGUGGUGGGAAGGGAGGAGGGCUGUCGGUGCAGCAGCUGCAAGGAUGCACAGAAGAUGAUGGACAAGACCGAGCUCUAUGCAGCUCAAUACCUUAUCUGCAGAGCUUCCCUCCUGUCCACCUACUGAAACUGGACAGCUGUCACUUUACCUAGACAGACAACGCUCUCAUCUGCACCGGCAGAGCUGACGCUCAAUCAUCAGCAACCAGUCAUCCUACCAGAACUAUACACCUGAAGAUAGCUGGCCUGGUGCUGUCUCUCCACCUGCAGGAACUAUACACCUGAAGAUAGCCGGCCUGGUGCUGUCACUCCACCUGCAGGAACUAUACACCUGAAGAUAGCCGGCCUGGUGCUGUCUCUCCACCCGCAGGAAUUAUACACCUGCAGAUAGCCGGCCUGGUGCUGUCUCUCCACCCGCAGGAAUUAUACACCUGCAGAUAGCCGGCCUGGUGCUGUCUCUCCACCUGCAGGAACUAUACACCUGAAGAUAGCUGGCCUGGUGCUGUCUCUCUACCUGAAGGAACUAUGCACCUGAAGAUAGCUGGCCUGGUGCUGUCUCUCCACCUGCAGGAACUAUACACCUGAAGAUAGCCGGCCUGGUGUUGUCUCUCCACCUGCAGGAACUAUACACCUGAAGAUAGCCGGCCUGGUGCUGUCUCUCCACCUGCAGGAACUAUACACCUGAAGAAAGCCAGUCUGGUAUAUUACGUCUCAGAAUUGACCCCCUGACUUGAAUAUCUUGAACAUAUCCAGUGGUCUGUUGAGCACAUUGAUAUCUGGUACUGUACAUCCAGAGAGAAUAACAUGCUGGUGAAUUGUGACACGUAGUUUGGGUUCCAGGAGAAACUGUAGUAAAGUGAAAAGGUCUCCUCUGCCAUACAGCAGUGCAGGCUCCUGGCUAUGGGCUGGUCAGGAGUUGAGUACCAAAGGUCUGGGAUGCCCUCCAUUCUGCAGCAUGUCAUCCGUGGUGUGAGCCAGCCAUUCCUAAGGAGGUUAUGUUUCACAGAAGGCUUCAAAAGAUGAGCAAUGACUGUCCUUGGACAGCUCUAGUCGCCAUAUAUGACAAUAUGAACAUGGGUCCUUUUGGGUCUCCUAUUAUUUAAGUUGUAGCCAUGUCUAAUGAUGUGUAUUGGUGAGAAGAUCUCUCUCUCUACCACCUGCCCAUGGCCAGAGCCUGGAAUCUCCGGCACCGGUGUCUUCUGCUGUCUUUCCUUCAGGAGGUCACACAACCCUUUAUGUCCAGUAAUUGCUGUACUGGAAUCAUCCAAUGGGCGAUAGAUUGGUGAGCGUGGAUCCAAACACUCUAAGUGGAAUCCCCUGAAUCUUUAAUGGUCAUUCUCUGAAGUGAGCUGGUCGUACAGAAUGCAGCGUUAGGGGUUAAACGUUCUUCUCAUCGUCCUCUGGGGGCUCCAUGCUGCAGACGUAAGAUGGAUACUGACACAAACUGACUCUGCAAGGUCUCUGGCAAGUGUGUUCCCCCCCCCCCCCCCCUUUCUUCCCUGUGAUGCUAGACCGGGGGUCUCCUCCUGAUGAGUACCGUCAUAGGAAUUCUGUUCCGGGACUCAGCUAUGCCCUCCCCUACGGAUUCCAGCUUUUCUCUCACCGGUCGCACAUCCCGCAGCCUGUCGCAGCUGAGACUGCACCGAGCGUGGUCACAUGUGCUGCUGGCUUUGGGCUUCGCGCAGGUGAUACUGGGGGUCCUGAUUGUCACUUUCAGUCUGGUCACCGCCUCCAUUACACCAAAUAUGAAGAUCAAGCACUCCUGUCCAUCAUGGGCCGGCUUCUCGUUGGCUGUUUCAGGCCUGAUUGGCUGCAUCUCAUGGAAAAAACCAUUCACUUUGGUGGUCACCGCCUUUACGCUGCUGAGCGCUCUGAGUGUCAUGCUUAGUCUGGCCGGUUCCAUCCUCUCCUGUCAGAAUGGACAGCUGGUGAAGUCCUUUAAUUCCUGUAAGAAGGAAAACAACUGGUGUGUUUGCUGUCACCCAGUCACCCAGCAGGAGGCGCCACCAGAAUGCGGAGAACUGGAGAAACUGAUCCUGUACCCCAAUCACCAGUGUGACAGUAUCCGCACCGCUCUGAAGGACCUGUUGUUCAGUGUUUGUGGCCUCACCAUCUUUUCCACCAUCAUCUGCACCCUGUCCGCUGUCAUCUGCUGCAUUCAGAUAUUCUCAUUGGAUGUCACCCAUGUACUGGCUCCACAGAGGUCCACAUCCAUCAACCUGGAGUGUUUCUCCCCCCAGGACACCAUCCUACAGAGCAUGAUUGAGUGUGAGGAGUUUGUGCCUCCAGUGCCUCCACCUCCUUAUUACCCUCCAGAGUACACGUGUAGCUCGGAGACAGAUGCACAGAGGUAGGAGACUCUUUAGCAUUAAACCAGUUUGCGCACACUGGAGAGCUGGUCACAUGACCAUGCGGAUUUGUGUGAUUCCACCACUUACACCUGCUCCCGCCAGGAUGAGCGGAACCGGGCAAGACAAGAGGAUGUCCUAAUGCAGGCGUGUCAUCGGGGACUAGGGUGGGGGGUUACAAGGGCGCACUUGCAGUAGCGAGACGCGUGUGAUUGGCUGUUGGGAAUACUCUGCUUUUGUUUUAUCAGAUUCAUUGUUGCCCAGCGGCCAAUAAAUAGAACACAGACACGUAAUGUACACACGUGCGCAUAUUACCGCUGCCGAACGCUGUCCCACUGUGCGUGUGCUCGCAAUUGCUGCACUUGUAAUGAAUGCAACUGCGCCUGAGAUUUUAGUGCGCAGCCCUAUACCUGAUACCUUAAUAUAACUGUGUGCUCUGAGGUAGAGGCCAUUUUGGGAGAGACAUUUUAAAUACUUCCAGCCGAGGCCCUGGUAGCAGUGGGUGUCGGGCAGCUUGGGCCCUCCACUCUCCCGGGGCAUGGGACAGCUUUGCCCCUAGCACCCUGAUGGCGGCCCUGCUGAUAUAUAAUCUGAGCCUCAUUGUGCAGUAAUAUGUGCCUGUUACUGUGUGUGUAUAUACGUGUGUGUGUGUGUGUGUGUGUGUGUGUGUAACCACAUAGCAGUCUCCAUUAUAUGAGCUGCAGCGCCACCUUGUGUCGGUGAUACAUUACUACACAUUUACGUGACUAGCAUAGCAAUGAAUUAUCAUCACAUUAGGCAGCAGUAUCUGCUACUACAAGAAUAAAUAUACUGCUAUAUACACCACAGAGUAAUGUAUAACGUAAGCUGCAGGAGAAUGUAAAUCGCCCACAUUAAUAGUGACCCCUGCCAUAAUUCUGACCAUUUUACCAUAUUAAUACUACUCUGCAAAAUGACUAAUAAUAAUCCCCUCAUACCCUUCACGCCUCAGCUGCAGGGGGCGGCUUCUAUAAUUGCAGUAAAACACAUACGUAAAACUAAUACA